GUCUAUAGAGCUUCACGUUCUCUCAAGGGAAGCGCGCCCGCCGUUUGCGCUAUAUCGUGGCUCCGCGGGCCCCUCGACGAUAAGCGCACGCCAGAAUUUUCCGGGACGUCUCGAACGCGGCUUCGUCGGCAGCCUCGCGCGCCCGCCCACCUGUGCCUAAGCCCGGGUCCGCGUUCGCCCGGGGAGCUCGUAACCGCGGCCGGACUCCACCACCAUGUCGGUACUGGCGACCUUCUCUGUCCUCAAGAACCACGUGAACUUUAAGGUAUCGCGCGACUCGCCGGCCAUCGACAAUAUCAUUUUCAAGCUCCAUUACAGAGCGACGUUUCUGAUUCUCCUGGCAUCGACGAUCCUCGUAUCCUCGCGACAGUUCAUCGGUUGGCACAUAAGAUGCAUUGCGGAUACCGGCAUACCGUCGAGCGUCAUCGACUCCUUCUGCUUCUUCACCUCGACCUUUACCGUGGUGAAGCACAUGAAUGCGACGGCUCUGGCCGAGGGUGAGAUACCCCACCCGGGUGUCGGACCCGCGGCCCAACGCGACGAGAUCGUCAGGCACGCUUAUUACCAGUGGGUGCCGUUCGUCCUCUUCUUCCAGGCGCUGCUCUUCUAUUUGCCGCACUACCUAUGGCGCACCGCCGAGGGUGGUCGAUUGAAGACGUUGGUCUCAGGACUGCACAUGGCAUCAAUUUCCUUACGCGAUGAAAAAAUUGUAACUGAUAACGGCAUCACGAUACCUUCGAAAUUCGAUAAGGAUGAGAAAAUUUAUCAGAUACGCACGGCCUUUCUGAAUCGUCUGCAUCUCAAUCGACCUUGGGCUUAUUACCUCAGUUUUUGCGAAGUCAUGAAUUUCUUGAAUGUGCUCACUCAAAUGUACAUAACAAAUAAGUUUUUGGGUGGUGCUUUCCUGUAUCUCGGUCACAAUGUUGCCGGGACGGACUUUAAUGCACAAAUGGACAUCCUCGAUGAAGUUUUUCCUAAAGUUACCAAGUGCACCUUUCAUAAGUACGGGCCAUCGGGAGGGAUACAAAAGCACGACGCCCUCUGCGUCAUGGCACUCAACAUUAUCAACGAGAAGAUUUACACGUUCCUCUGGUUCUGGUUCAUCAUACUCACGAUUCUUUCUGGCCUUGCGCUUAUCUGGCGCAUACUCACUAUGACACUGCAUUCCAGAAGUACAAACUUCAACAAGCUGGUGUUCAUGAUGGCAUGCCCAGGCAAGUACAAUCCGUGGGACAUGUUGAAGGUCACCAACGAGUAUUACUUCGGUGAUUGGCUCUUCCUCUACUACAUCGCAAAAAACGUUGAGAAUUACGUGUUCAAGGAGCUGUUGCAGGGAUUGGCGCAAGAUCUCGAGGAGAGGAAACGCGUCUUGUAUAAAACUCUGCCUCAAGUCGAGAAAGAACCUUUAAAAGAGACUGAAUACAGGACCAAGGACUUCGAGACCAAAGCUGAGCUCCUCCCGAAAAUGAUUCUAAUGUAGAGGCACAAGAGACGCAGAGAUUGGCGCGCUAUACGUCAUCCGGAGUUAUAGGAAGGCAAUCAUCUUAUA